UAAUAAUUCACGUGUGGUGUGUGCUUUGCUCAGAAUUUUCUCGUUAAUUCCAGCGGCAAUAUGCCCAAAAAUAUCAAACAUUUAGUCGUGGAUACAACGGCGUUUAUUAAAGCGGCAAAUUUGCAAGAUAUUGCUGAGAACAUUUACACUGUUCAAGAGGUUUGCGAUGAAAUUACCAACGAUCGGCAACGAAGAAAGCUAGUGGUGCUCCCGUACGACCUAAAAGUGAAAGAUGUUUUCCAAGAAAAUAUCAAAUUCGUCACUGAGUUCGCGAAAAAGACUGGAGACUAUACAAGUUUGUCUGCUACAGAUAUUAAGGUUAUGGCAUUAACUUAUCAGUUAGAGAUAGAAAAAGUUGGUACUAAGCACUUGAAGAAUGAGCCUUCUAUGCAGAAGACCAUUAAAAUUACUGGUUUGACCAAUUUCAAUCUUCAUCCUGCUGAAAAUAAAGGCGUAGAUUCGCUACCUGUAUCAAAUGACAGUAAGGAAAUGGAGGAAAGGAAACCCCGAAUUGAAGAGAAUUGUAACAACAAAGAGGAUAUUCUAUCUCCAGAGGUUGAAGGAGAAAAGCCAGAAGCUGAGGUCCAUACUUUACAUGUGAACAAUGGAGAUAACAAAAAUGAAAUUGAUGAUAGUGAUCAGCUGGCUAAAGACAUUACGGACAAAAUACAAAAUAUGGAACUGAAAGACAUUGAUGAUAUAAUGGUCAAAGUAGAAGAAUCUGAUGAAGAAGAAACUGAGACUGAGGAAGAAUCAGACAGUGAUGGUGGAGAUUGGAUAACACCUAAAAACUUGACUGAGAAGAAAAAAGAAGUUGAUACAGGUGAAUUUGAAGCAAAACCUGCAGAAGUUGCCUGUAUAACAUCAGAUUUUGCCAUGCAGAAUGUUCUGAAACAGAUUGGUUUGAACAUAACAUCAAUUGAUGGUAGAAUCAUAAGGCAGCUACGCACAUUUAUUUUUCGAUGCACAACAUGUUUCAAAACCACUAGUGUAAUGACAAAAUUAUUCUGUCCUAAAUGUGGACAUGCAACAUUGAAAAAGGUAGCCGUCAGCAUUGAUGACGAUGGAAAUCAACAUAUUCAUAUAAAUGGGAAAAAACCAUUAACAGCUAGGGGCAAAAGGUUCAGUCUGCCUACUCCAAGAGGAGGUCAGCAUUUCCAAUACCCUAUUUUAAGCGAAGAUCAGCAUAUACAUAAGAGAUUUGCCACUAAAAUAGGUAGAAGCAAAACUAAUGCUUUAGACCCUGAUUACAUUGCUGGAUUGUCUCCAUUUUCAAUGAGGGAUGUAAACUCAAAAUCAGCAGUGCUAGGAGUAAGGGCUAACAAACAAGAUAUUAAGUACUGGAUGAAGCACUACUCAAAAGGAAAGAAGUGAUAAAUACAUACAAUAUGUUCGAGUGGUGACAUGAC